AGAAUUCUCUCAAGAUAUAAUGCACCGACAUUCAAGAACACGAAAGUAAAGACUACUUAUUUGCGAGUAACUUCAUUGUCUGAGGUUACAAAAAUGUCAAAAGCAAGUAAAUCCGGAGUGGAGAAAAGCACAAACAGGUUGAAUGUUGAAGUACAAAGAGUGUCCUCUUUUAAGACAGUAAAACGUCCAGUUAUUAAGAAGAGAAAUGAAGAUAAAGGUUUCAAACUAUUUUACGGACCUAGUAAAACAAAACAUAAUGGAUUGACUUUAGACGUUUUGCAAUCAUUGACGCCAUUUGAAAAUGGCGUCGAUUUAGUGACGCAAGAGUCACGUGAUCUGUUGCUGAACUGCAUAAAACUACACCCAAUUGUUCACGAAGUGUUUUUUCCGGAAGUGACGAAAGAUCCCCGAAUAACCGACGAAGAUUUACGGGGAUUUCCGAUUCACAGCCUGGCGGUUGCAGUCAUUUGCGAGGCCAUUUCAAAAGGAGAGGAUUCGUACAAGUUUUACUGUAUGAUCGAAAAGAAUAACUUGGAAAAUGUGCUGACUGAUCUGUAUACUAGCGUACAUUGGAAGAAAUUGGGGUUCUCCAUGUACUGCGCUCUGUACCCAUCCGUAGUGAGAGACGCACGGACGAACAUCAGUUUGCAAGACUUCAUUGACGAUGAUGGGCCGGAGUGGGCGGAGCGUAUUAUUGAGCGCAUGACGAAGCCCUCUUGGACGAAGCGAUGGGUGCAGAAAAUAGUUCGCGGUCAUGUGACAGAGGAGGAAUACAACAUGGCGAUGAACACACUGUUCGUGAAAUUGCACAUGUUGCACCCGCAGUCUGUCAUUCCGACCUUUCGUCUGCUGAAUCACAUCCGAGCUCUCCCGGAAUGCAACCUAGAGCUGGCCACCCGGGACUACCUCGGAGGCCCACCGGACGCUGCGGCACUCAGCGCGCAUGCGCGGACGGCCGUAACAAAUGAGACCAUGCCUAGCAACGGCGCGUCGCGCAUGAGCCUCGACAAAAUCGAAGUUUUUUACGGCAUUGAUGUCGAGGAGUUUAUAAUGACGGAAGCGCGUAAGGUCGGCGUCUGGAACGGGCGACGUCCCGACAAUAAAAGAACUAGUGACCUCCAGGAUAGAUGCAGCGUCAUGUAAUCUCGUGAUCACAUUUGGCCGUUUCCGGCUCUCGUC